UUUGAAAAGUCUGCAGUGAACAGAACGCUUUGUGUGUGAGAGGCCGGGCUCUAGUCAUUCACAAACAUUCCCUCAUUUUUGGCAAAUAUAAACCCUGGAGUUUCCCCACCGCUUCACUAUGUCAGUGGUUUUGUGUUCUUCGCUUCUCCAAACAGAGUUGUUUAAGCGUUCAUCAUGACUUUAGCAUUAGCCCUUUUGUUUGGCCUGUUUUUAGGAACGCACAGUUUCAACACACCGGAUCCAAUUGGACCUCAGCCCAACUUUGACCUGGAAAAAUUUGCAGGUGAAUGGUAUCGGCUUGGGCUUGCAGAUGAAUCACAAUUUUUCGCAAUGUUCAAAAGUCAUCUGAAGGUUUCUAAAGGUCUUCUGGUCCCGGAUACCAGUGGAAAUGUCAAUCUGACUAUGUGGACUAUGAGGCCGUAUGGAUGCUCCAUCAGUGUGUAUUCAUAUGAGAAGACAGAUGUUCCUGGAGAAUUCACUUACUUCAGCAAAAGGAACCAGAUUACAAAAGACGUCACAAUUGUGGAGACAAAUUACACUGACUAUAGUUUGGUCCUAAAAUACAAGACCAUGAACAAGGAAUACACUCAAGUAGCUCUUUAUGGACGCUCCUCCACACUAAGGCCAGAUUUAAUCGACAAAUUCAGGUCUUUUGCUUUAUCUCUGGGCUUCUCCGAGGAGGCUGUUAUCACCCCAACAGAUAUUGAUCCCUGCCCUAAUCUAGAACCAAGGAGUUCAGCAGAAUUCAAAGAGGACAAAACUGCACAAACUGCUAAUCAAUCAAUCUAUCAGCCUCCCAAAGUGUGAUUGGACAGAUGUUUUUAAUGGAUAACGCGCUUCAUAACGGUAUAUCUAACUCUAUACUUUCACCAUCUUGCAGCCUGCUGUGGAGUGAGACCUUGGGUUACAUAUAUUCACUUUUGUUACGCGUUUGGGGAACAGUGUUUGUUUUUACACAAACUGUCAUUGGAGAAAUGCAACAGUAUUACAUCUUCAAUGUAACGCAGGCUGUGCUGCAUUAAUGAAACAGCAGGUGGAGCUGUUGGAACAGGACUUCAUACAUUACUGUUAAAGCUCCUGUAGUGCUCCAUCUGACUACUACUGUUAUUACUAAUACUACUACUCAUAAUAAUAAUGGACGUGUAUUACUGUGGUUACUUGAUAAAUGUUUACACACAAUUUGUUUUAAUUAUAGUGGUGCUUUUACGAUCAAACUGUAUUUGUAAAUUGUGUAAUAAAACAAAUAUUUUAAUUCAUAAAAACCUAUAGACCUGUUUUAGGUUAUGGUUGUAUGUGGUGCAAAACAAAUGGGCAAAUUGUAUAUUUUGUAUGUUUGUGUAUUGAAAUUGUACAUUUGUGUUUGUGAUUUUUAAACAACUUUAUCAGCAUGUUUAUUUGAUUAAAAUACAACAAUAUUAUAGUUCAGAA